AUGUCCACACAUUUUCAGACUAUAUUCUCGCCUGCCCUUGACCCGCACGUGCAAAUCUUCGGCAACAAACUCCCAGCUCGAACAAUCCGCUUCCAUGGACCGUCCGUCAAUGCUGAUGAAUGGCUGAAACUAGAGAUGAAGCACUCUUCAAUGUGGGAAUCACCUCCCUGUGAUAGCGUCUGCUUCAAAUGGAGUGAUUACGAUUCGAUACUGGAGCAAGAGCGAAGUCUCUGUAAAGAUCUUCUGGAUGAUCCACACAUGAUGGCCUCACUCAAUGAGUCCCAUUUCGAUCUUGCAUACGCAGAGGCAUUCGACGGAUGCGCUCCAGGCAUCUUUGAGAUACUCGGAAUAAGAAGCAUGGUGACUGUUUCGGCGUUGGGUAUGGCACCACGACUGUACGAUAUCGCCGGCAUCUUGCCGUUUCCCAGUUUCAUGCCAGCUUCCCUCACACCAUAUUCGGAUGAUAUGACAUUUAUCGAACGCCUGCUCAAUUUCAAAAUACAGGUCGAGUUAAUACAGCACAUGCGCAAAUGGGACCACAAGUUUGGAGAUGUAUUCAGAGCAAAGAUUCCAGGAUUUCCGGGAAUUGGCGAGAUAUACAAUGUGAGUCCCGUACCAUCAUGA